CCUGCAUCCCACCCGCCAGCUGCUACGCCCAAGACCCUUGAGCAUAGCUACGCAUACAGCAACUCUUACUGUGCUGCACUACACUGCACUAGCCUAGGGACUCUUCUCCCACCACGCUACGCCCCGGGAGAGACCAAAAUAAACGGAAUCGGAAACUCAGAUCAACUCACUUCAACGCUGCCCAGCUGGCUGGCGGCCACAGGCAACAAGCAGCCUUUCGCUCCUUCCUUCCCACCUGCCUCUGCCUGCACACUCGGUCCUUCCCUUUCCACCACGACAACCAUCAAAGUGGCCAAGCUCCAAAUCAUGAAGUGGUUCAAAAGAAAGAAGGCUUCGAAAUCACUAGACCACGGCCGUCAUGGUAGUGGUAGCCGUAACGGCGACCCCUCUUCACAGCCAUUUGAUCCUCGCUUCUCGCCCCAGCACUCACCCUACGGAUCCCCGCCCGUGUCAGCCAGAACACUAGCCAAACUCCCUGCGUCGGUCCUCGAAAACAUCUUUGGCUUCGUUUGUCCGCAUAGCUGCGAUGAGUCCUAUCAGAGCAAUGAGCAGUCCGCUUCCGAGGAUACCUGCAUGCUAUGCGACGCUCGCGAUCUCUCCCAUUGCGCUCAGGUCUGCAGGAAAUGGAGGGGUCCUGCGACCAAUGUCUUGUAAGUGACGGCGCAUUCCAUUCUUGGGCCAUGAGCUGACUCUACGAUUUCGUAGAUACCAUAGCAUACGCAUAGAUGCCGUUCACUACUGUCCUCUCGAAGACAUCCUGGCCGAGAAGCGCAAACGACGAUCCAAGUUGAAUCGAAAUGCCGAACCGGAGGAUACGGCGCGAGCUCGGUUGCUUCUCCUGCAUAGGACAUUGAGGGAGAAUUGGGAUACAUUCGCCUUGACGGUACAAUAUUUCAAGACUCCAUAUAUGACACGAGAAACAUCCAAGCCCGAUCUGGCCAGAACAGUAGCAUUAUGUCCAAACCUGCGCUAUCUCGACCUCCCCGAGGGAUUCUUUACCGACGACCCAUCCUGCCACACUUUGAAGCAAGAGGUACAAGCAAGAUGUCCGAAUAUCAGAAAGAUGGCAUAUAUGGGAGGUUCGGAACGAAGUCUGGAAGUACUCGCUGGCGGCAUGUUGUGGAGGAAUUUGGAGGUGUUGGAACUCUCUCGAUUGAACAUGGACCCCGCAGUAUUACGACGAGCCCUUGGAUCUCUUCCUAACCUGCAUGGACUCAAGAUAACGGAUAUGAAGAGCUUCGAUGACCGUCUGCUCGAGCACAACGAUUACCUCCCUCCUUUUCCCGCUCUCACCGAACUUAUAAUUCACAACGUACCCAAUGUCACGGCAGAUGGUUUGGCAUCAUGGCUUUUACGAUCCGAUACCCAGGAUAGUCUCAAGACCUUGACAUUGGAGGCCACUGGUGUUCAUCCAUCAACAUUAAAACAAAUUCUGGACACGGCUCCCAAAUUGAAACAUCUUUCAAUCAUUGAGAGCGUUACUACAUCUUUUCCACCUGGAGUCCCCACUCUAUCAUCCUCCUCCCUGGAGACCUUUCACUACGAAAUUACUUCGGCCGCGUCCGCCAACUCUUAUACCACGACCCCCGGUUACUACGGUUAUCUAACAUCCUCCCUACUUUCUCGCGGCCUACCCAAUUUGAGAGAGCUAUACGUCAGAGAUCCCGACUUCCCAGAAUCGCUGAUUGGUUUAGCUCCUCCAAGUGCACCAUUUGUAAACGAUCCUGACAAUUAUGUCCCUAAACCAUUUGCAUCUCCUACGAACAAUCGAUUCAGUUCCAACAACCCAUUCGCCAAUAUGCAGCAACCAGUUCUGAGGCAGGAUUUGGAGGUCUACAGUAAGGGUCUGGAUGAAAUGGAGUGGAAUUUCUCCAAGGUUGAGCCGCCAAGAGGACACAACAGAAGAGGUAGUGCUUCUGCAGCUCGACCCGUUUCUAGUUAUGGAUUGAACGACAGUAUUGGAAAACCAUGGUUGCAGAAUGGCGGGGCAAGAAGGAGUGUGAUUGUGGGUAAUGGAUUUGGUGGAUUGUUAAAAAUUCCUUCAGAGGAAGGUGUUCGACCCAGCAGUUCUGCUGGUGAGAAAGGAGUUAAACCACGAAGGAGCCAGUAUGAUAUUUGGCGCUAAAAAGUUCUUGAGUGCGACGGGAUAUGGGGAAAUUUGAUACAUAUGAAUGAGCGAGCGAUGCGAUAAUGGGUUUGAUCUUCAGGGGUUGGAAUGGUUGGUUGGAUGAAUGGUCAAUUAUGAUUAUUACCACUUGAAAAUUGGUGUAUUAUUCAGGGUGGAGGCAAUUUGACCUUCUUUCUUUUUUCCGUUGGCUUUGGGGGGUUUUUUUCAUACUGGGAAUUUGUUACUUGCCGAUACCCUUUGAUCUGGAGUGGGACAGCGAAAUGCAAAUCUUCUUUUUAAAUCAAAUUAAUUGCUUGAUUUUGCUUUUAGAAAAUGCCGGAAAC